UUUAAUCUCCACUUCUAGUCUAGUCUAUAUAAUAUAGAUAGAUCUAGUCAUAGAUGUCUUUGGGUUGACUUUUGACACUGCAUGAACAACAUCAAAACUAAGACUGGUGUUGUUGUUUUUUUAAUGCUAAUGUAUUUUUCUAAAAAGCUGUUUGUAUUUUGUAUUCUCAUUUCUCUUAUUUAAACCUAGAUCUAGAUCUAGAACUAGAUCUAGAUAAUGUUUUAAAAAGUUGGAUUUUUAGGAAUCUUUUAGAAGAUUUGGUAGAAGAAUUUGCUUGCUUGCAAUGAGUUCCACUAAAUGCCACUCUCAGUCAUUGCCUCACAAAAUGCCUCAAGAUACUGUGAUCACUACUAAAGAUUUGAAAUUAACUUCUGACAGAACUUAUGAUAAUGAUGGCAUGCGUAGGCGAGCUGCAUGUCUCUGUUUCCGAGAUCGUUUGGAAAAGGAGGUACUUCUUAUUACUUCUACUCACGAUGUGAGCAAGUGGAUUGUUCCAGGUGGAGGAAUAGAUCCUGGGGAGGAGCCCCAACAUGCUGCUGAACGAGAAGCUCAUGAAGAGGCUGGUGCUACUGGAACUCUAGGCAGAUUUGUUGGCAUUUUUGAGAACAAAGAAAAGAAUAUACGAACAUGGGUCUAUGCAUUUUAUGUUGAAAAUUUACAAGAGCAUUGGAGUGAAUCUAAAAGCUUAGCAAGACGUCGCCAGUGGUUCAGCCUUGAGGAAGCCAAGAAGAUGCUGUCAAUCCACAAGACAAGUCAAGUGCAAUAUAUACUGUCCGUUGAGAAAACAUAGCGGCACCGGGUUGUGAUGAUGCGGCAGCUUGAAGUUUUUGUGAUAUCUAAUAGACAUUAGCAAAAGGAUCUGAUAAUCAAUGAUUCUCACAAUGUUAUAUUAUAUAGUAGUCUUUUUUUUUAUGGACCCUGACAGCAUGUACUGAGUUUGUUAGCUAUUAGUAGUUUUUGGAAGAAGGCGAUAUUUGUCUUAUUAACGCAUUUAUGCCUAACAUCCUAACAGCUAUUUGCAUGCAGGUAUGAAAUGGGUUAAUGCUACAAUUGAAAACUUUAAAAGCAAUAAGUGAGACCUCCCCUAUGAUAAAUUUAGGUUUGGAAUGAAUGGAAAUCAAAAUUUUUUUUUAUUCUAUGAUCACAUUGAUAUUAUAGCAUGUUGAGUCAUUUUUUUUUUUAGUGACAAGACAAAAAAAAAAGAUAUGAAGUGGCAGCAGUUGGGUCAAUUCUGCUUAUCAUAGUUUUAUUUAGUCAUUGACUGUAUGUUGUAUCCAAAACAUACUUGUAUUUGCUUCUUAGACCAAAGCAGAUCUUUGCGGAAAGUGAAGUCGUCAAAAUGUGAUAUUGAUUUCAUAUGUUAUUUUUGUGAAUAAUCCUGUUGGUAUUGUUAAGUUUAAACUCAAUAACUCAAUUAUCUUCUUUGUUGAAGUAACAUCUGUAGUCUAUUAGAUAAAUCUUAUGUAACAUUGAAGCUAAUGGUAACCAUCCCGGUGUGCUUUUGUUUAGCCACAUUUUGAAUAAGAUGAUCCUACAAAGUGCCUUUUUUCUUUUGUCCAUUUUGUGUUUCUGUUGAUUUCGCUAAAUACUCAAAUGAAAUCUGCUGAAAUCACUCAAACUGAAAUGUUUCUCAUGCCUAGUCAUUGCUUUGAAGUCUGUAAGCGAAUUUAUAAAAAAAACAAACUAGUCUUAAAUAAUAUCCCACAAAGACUUAGCUGUUGAGAUUUUGUCGUCUAUUUAGUACAGUUGGAUCAAAAGAGUGACCCGUUCUAUAGGAUGCUAACAAAGUUAAAACAUGAGUAAAUAUUAUGAAUAUUUCAACUAAGUGUCUUUUAGAAGGGAAUGACAUUGCACCUAAGAGGCUGAGUCUAAUUGGGUUAAAAAGCAAUGACAAUAAUUUAGGGCUUUUUUACGUUACAUUGACUACUUACUCCUUUUGUAUUACGUUGUUUUUUUUUUAUACUUAUGGUGAGAGAAGACUGAUAUUGAAAUGAAACUAUUAAGCUUCAAAACAUUUGCAAAAAAAUUUAUUUAAUAAAAUUUUCCAUGAUUCAAAACAAACAGGUAGGCUAGUAUUUUUGCACCUUGACAGUGGAAGUUUUUAAAUAGUUUGUUUUUUAUUGUAAUAGUGUUUAGAGCAAAUAUAUAUGCACACACAAAGCUUUAACUUUUAUGUAUUUAUCAUUAUUAUUAUUACCAAGGUCUGGUCAUGUUUUUAUAUGUUCCAUUAGUUUUUGAAUUAUUAACAUAUUAGCAGUGUUGAUCCAUUGUUAACAUAUAAAUAAAUUGUUGUUUUUCAAUAUAAUGAC